AUGAGUGAUUCGGAUCUUGAUGCACUUCGUGCUAAGCGUUUAGCCGAAUUACAACAACAACAACAAGGCCAACAACGACCUAUGGGAUCUGAUCAAAACGAGAGAAAUUCAGGAGAAGAACAACGACAAAAACAAGAAGAUAUGCGUAAUACUAUGUUAAGUUCAUUAUUAACACAAGAAGCACGUGCACGUUUAAAUACAAUAUCAUUAACUAAACCAGAAAAAGGACGCAUGGUUGAAGAUAUUCUUAUACAAAAUGCUAGACGCGGUGCAUUUGGUGGAAAAGUUACUGAAGAACAAUUAAUUAGUCUUUUAGAACAAGUUAGCAAAGCUACAGAAAAAACAACAAAAGUUAAUUUUGAUCGACGACGUGCUGCACUUGAUUCUGAUUCAGAUUAA